UCUUCAACGACAAAUCCUCUUCAAAGCACUACCAUCCAAGAUGAAGUCUUUCGCUAUCUUUGCUGCCAUCGUGUCGACCGUCUCCGCUGCCAGCACCAGCGGCUCGUACGCGGAUUGCUCGUCGUCGGUGCUAUCGGCACUGCUGACAGACCAGUACAUUGACCAGUGCGCGACGGACUCGGGCUACGUGUUCACGGCCGCCAGCAUCCCGGACCAAGACACGAUCGACAAGAUGUGCGCUUCGUCGGCCUGCAAGAGCCUGCUCGCCGACGUUCAGGCCAUGGAUCUGUCCGAGUGCGUCAUCCCGGUGGGCGACAACAUCCUGCUGCUCGCCGACCUGGUGGACUACGUGCCGGCGAACUGCCCGGCGUCGUCCACGGGCUCGACCACGAGCAGCGCGUCGACCGCUAC